GGGGCGGGUCUGGGCAACUCAAAAUCACGUGGGCCGUGUGAACCUUUCGGGUCAAAGUACUAGACUAUUGUAGACCCUAGCUGGGGCCAUGAUCUAGUCGGGAGUGUACCUGUUCAGGUUAGAAUACUGGGACCGGUGUAGCGGUGAAGAGGGGAGACAUGGCGGACGGAGAACGGAAGCCACUGUUGGGGGCAAAAGGACAACCUGGGUACCCCCCUCAGGCCCAACCAGGGUACCCCCUUCAGGGUCAGGCAGGGGGGUACCCUGCACCAGGGGGUCCACCACCCCAGGUUGGUUUUGCCUCAGGACAGCCACCCCCUGAAGGGUAUCAGCAGGGAGGGGGCCCCCCUGCAGCGGCAGGGCCGGAACCCUCCGCACCAUCCGCUGACAAGAUGGACAGCAUCUCUGGGUACGAGGGGGUCGGAUUUGGAUCAGCCCCUCCACUGCCCCCACCCAGCUAUGAGGAGACCCAGAGACAGCCCCCUGAGAGGAGUAGUCUGCCACAACUGCCAGGAAUCACAGAGGAGGAUGCCCGUGAGGCCCUGGUGCAGUAUGUAGGAGAACAGUGCUGCUAUGGGAAGACGCCUGCUAAAGAACUUACGUUCACAGACAUUGUGCCUUCAAGUGCAUUCCAUUACACAUUGGAAACAUUUGCAGAGGGAAGGUCGACAGCCUGGGCAUAUGAACCCUUCAGAGGCCAGCCCAUUGAUGGCCCCAUGAACGGCCCUGCCCCGGGACCAUGGGACAUCCAGGCUCAGGCUCCUGCCAUGUUCCAGAACUUUACACAACAAGUGGAGGUGCCACACACAGCCUCUGUCAAGCCGUGUCACACUUGUAUUGGACUGGGGAGGAAGCCCUGCCACCACUGCCAUGCCAUGGGAACUAGCCACUGCCAUCACUGCCAUGGCAGCGGCCGCACCACAGUGUACGAGGAAGGCCGCCAUCACCACAGGCACUGCACCUGGUGCCACGGAUCAGGCAGGAGGCAGUGCCACCAGUGCCAUGGGCUUGGUCAGAUCCCCUGCCCCACCUGUGGUGCCCAGGGCCAACUCAAGUGUUACAUCCAACUCACCAUCAAAUGGGUGAACCACGUGGAAGACCACAUAGUUGAGCGGACAGCUUUGCCUGAUGAGCUCAUCAGGGGAGUGAGUGGGCAGGUGGCCUUCAAGGAGGAAUAUCCAAGGGUAUGGCCCAUAAACCACUUCCCUGAAGCAGAAAUCAACAACGCCUCUCAGAACCUGGUGCAGAGGCACAGCUCUGCCUUCCCAACUGAACGGCUGCUCAUGCAGCGUCACCAGGUGAGGAUCAUCCCUGUGGCAGAGGCGACCUACAACUGGAAGGACCAGCCCUUCAACUUCUUCGUGUAUGGGUUUGAACACAAGGUCCACGCCCCUGACUACCCACAGAAGUGUUGCUGGGGCUGCAACAUUCUGUAGAUGCCACAGUCUAAGGGUUUUCUCCAGCACUGUUUUGACAAUGCAACUCAAGAUGGUCAAACAUCCUGACAGAUAUCUAGGAAAGUUUCAGUGUAGGGGAACUGUAAUCUUGGUCUUACAUGAACAAGUCUCCAUAGUAAAGUCUGUAGCUGGUACAUUGGCUUUGUAUACCAUUUCUGAUAUAUUGCUAUCAGAAAACAGCAUUUAAUAAGCCAAAUACUGGCCAUGGCAUCUGCUGCAGAGGCUAGGUUUUACACUAAAAGGAAAGUGCCAAUAAUUGGGGAAAAGGUAACCCUCUAAAUAUAGUUGCAGCUGGUAUACUUUCAACCGAUACAUUUAAAUGUCAAGUUGAGAGAAUUUUAAAUCAUCUUGAAACAUGUACACAGAUUAUUUUUUGUAAAUGGAUAAUAUGAGCAAAAUUCUACAUACUUCACUCUAGGAGUCCAUUCCAAGUCACCCCACGAGUUUUUCAAUAUUUUAGAAUUAUUGUCAUAAGAUUACAAACAUUGUUAUAUUAAUAUUUGGAAAAUACAUUAGAUCUAUGUAUUCAAUUUAAUGAUUUUCAAUCCUACUGAUUAAAAAAUGAGUUCACAGAACUGCAUCUAGAGAUUUUUGCUAUUACAUCAAGACCAAUCAGGUUAGGCUUGUCAAUUUAUAUGUAAAUGUGGGUCAUCAAGUGAAUCACAUGACAAGAAAUGAACUCAAAACACCUUGCCAAAUGUGCCUUGCUUGUAGAAUUCCAAUGAAACCAAAUAUUUCACUUAGCCAUUCCUCUACAUUUUCAGGAAUUAAAACUCUGGUAUUGUUAAA